AUGGCGAAUCCAAACCCCAACCCCGACCGAAACCGCCAAAAGCCACAACACAACUACCUUCUCCCCGCCCAAUGGCAUCCUGUCACCUCGGCACCAGCAUCUAGCGGCACUACAAGCACUACCUCUGGCACCUCUUCCAACCCCCGGGCCUCUCAAUCCGGUCCCCCGACAAAUACUCAGUUCCGUCACUACCAGCCGACACCCCCGCAGCAACAGACCACGACAACGGAACGAUACCAGAUCACCGCGCCGUUCCAGAUACCACGUAUGCCGCAUUCCUGGCCGUAUCCCGCAGCGAGAAGAGAGGGUGGAGAGGGAGGGGUUGGUGCGGCUGAGCAAGGGACUGUGCCGAUUGAUCCAAGGUUGCUUGGUUCGAGGGAAGGAGCAAGUCCGGGGCCCGCGCCGCCUAGUGGGUGGAAGCGGAGUGGGCCGCAGAGCGGGUGGCCGCCGAGUAGUGGUGGGCAGUAA